GAUGAAGACCUUGAUUAUGCAUUAUAUGAGGUUGGGGAAGGAUGUGAGACAACUGAACUUAUUCCAGGGAUUGACCUGUUUUCUGAUCGACAUAGAGCAGAUGUCAACAUUGUUGUCUCUAGUCUGGGUUUUCUCAUUUCAGAACUUCAUUCAUUUGCUCAAAAUCUCAUGGUUUUGCCAUUGCUUACUUUGUACCAGUAUUUUGCUUCUACAGUAUGCCGUGACCCUGUCAAAUGCGUGGAAGGAAGGCUUUUAAAGAUUAAAGCACUCACAGAUUUACAUCUAUUUGCUGAGGCACUUCAUGAACUUUUGCUACUUAGUAAUGGAGAACGAAUUCCCAGACGACCACAUGAAGGAUUCUGUCCUGCAAAGCCUUUGGUAAAUGUGAAAUUCUCACCCUCAAAGACCCUCCUUUACAAGGAAAACCUACAGGCUAUUGAAGAAGUUCUUAACAGAUCACCCAGCACACAUCUACUCUCUGUGUGUAAUCAAGCAGCUGUAAAUCAGCUAACACUGGCUAAAACACAUUUCCUUAUCAAGCUGGCUUCAACUAUUAAUGCUAUUCCUGAAGUGGUAAAGAAGGCUGAUGGAUUUGUGACUGAGGAAAGCACAAAGCAACAAGCAGACACCGCUGAAUCAAAAGAUGAGGAUAAUGCAUGUGUGCAAUUAGCUUCAAAACAAGACCUCACCCAAUCAAUGCUAAAGGAUAUUCUGUUAAAUGAGGCUGAAAAAAGACUGACAUCAGUUCUUCAGGAUAUUGAAAUGAAAUGCCAGAGCCAAUUCUCUGAGUGUUCUGCAGUGUACCUGGAGAUGGCAAUUCAGACACAACUUCAACUUUCUGAAAUAGAACAUCAGAGGCAUCAUACUGCAGUAAGUGUGGCCAUGGCAUUUUCUGCCCUGAAGAUACUUCAGGAAGCAAAGAUAUUAACAGAGAAAACUCAGAAUAAGAAUAUGUCUUCACCACGUAAUGGGUCCACUCCAAGGAAUGAUCAGAUCAGUAACCAAGCUGGCAUCCAGCCUGGUGUCUCAGAAGCCAGAGAGCGUCUUAACAUGCACAUGUGGCUGCAAUGUCGACUUGCACUUGUCAGAGCCCUUGUAAAGCAGAUACGGGGCACAGCAAUAAAAGACCAGGACAUGCUUGAUGGCUCAGCUCUAAUAACUGAGGGCAUUGUAGAGUCGGAAACACUCAAUGACUAUGAGAUGCAGGCUCAGUUCAUGCUACAAGCAGCUUUCCUUGAUAUUCAAGAGAGGCAUCCCAAACAAGGUGUUCAGCUUCUUCUACAGAGUAUAAUUCACUUGCUUCAAGAAAAGUGGUUCAUUUCU